GCUGCCCCGGUGGCCGCCUGACGGCCGCCCGUCUCCGCCGCUGCGGCAGCCUCACGACCCUGUGGGAGCCUGCGGUCGCCACGGACCCGGCGGAGCGCGGCAGGUGGCGUGGACCUUGCGGGGUUGGCGGCGGGAGGCGCGGCGCGGAGGGACGGCGGGCGGCGGGCGGCCCGGCCAGGGUCCUUGCGGGUCCUCGGCGGGCCCGGGGAGGGCCCUCUUUGUGGCUGCAGUUGGCAAGAUGGCGCCGGUGGGGGUAGAGAAGAAGCUGCUGCUGGGCCCCAACGGGCCGGCGGUGGGGGCCGCCGGCGACCUAACCAGUGAAGACGAGGAGGGCCAGAGCCUAUGGUCCUCGAUCCUGAGCGAGGUGUCCACCCGCGCCAGGUCCAAGCUGCCGUCUGGCAAGAACAUCUUGGUCUUCGGUGAAGAUGGUUCUGGCAAAACAACCCUCAUGACUAAACUACAAGGAGCUGAGCAUGGCAAAAAAGGAAGAGGCCUAGAAUAUCUCUACCUCAGUGUCCAUGACGAGGACCGAGAUGAUCACACACGCUGCAAUGUGUGGAUUUUGGAUGGAGACCUGUAUCACAAAGGCCUGCUGAAGUUUGCAGUUUCUGCUGAAUCCUUGCCAGAAACCUUGGUCAUUUUUGUUGCGGACAUGUCCAGGCCUUGGACUGUAAUGGAAUCUCUACAGAAAUGGGCUAGUGUUCUACGUGAGCACAUUGAUAAAAUGAAAAUUCCACCAGAAGAAAUGAGGGAGCUGGAACGGAAGUUUGUGAAAGAUUUUCAAGACUAUAUUGAGCCUGAAGAAGGUUGUCAAGGUUCCCCACAGAGAAGAGGGCCUCUGACCUCAGGACCUGAUGAAGAAAAUGUCGCUCUGCCUCUAGGUGACAACAUGCUGACUCAUAACCUGGGGAUCCCAGUGCUGGUGGUGUGCACAAAGUGUGAUGCGGUGAGUGUCCUGGAGAAGGAGCAUGAUUACAGGGACGAGCACUUUGACUUCAUCCAGUCACACUUGCGGAGGUUUUGCCUCCAGUAUGGAGCUGCCUUGAUAUACACAUCAGUGAAGGAAGAGAAAAAUCUCGACUUGCUGUAUAAGUACAUUGUUCAUAAAACAUAUGGUUUCCACUUUGCCACACCUGCCUUAGUUGUGGAAAAGGAUGCAGUUUUUAUACCUUCAGGCUGGGACAAUGAAAAGAAAAUAGCUAUUUUACAUGAAAAUUUCACAACUGUGAAGCCAGAAGAUGCAUAUGAAGAUUUUAUUGUGAAACCUCCUGUGAGAAAGCUGGUCCACGACAAAGAGUUGGCAGCAGAGGAUGAGCAGGUGUUCCUCAUGAAGCAGCAGUCACUCCUUGCCAAGCAGCCAGCCACGCCAACGAGAGCCUCCGAAUCCCCUGCAAGAGGACCUUCUGGCUCUCCAAGAACCCAGGGCCGGGGAGGGCCAGCCAGCGUGCCUAGUACCUCGCCAGGCACGUCAGUAAAGAAGCCGGACCCAAAUAUCAAAAAUAAUGCAGCAAGUGAAGGGGUGUUGGCCAGUUUCUUCAACAGUCUGUUAAGUAAAAAAACAGGCUCUCCUGGAAGUCCUGGUGCUGGUGGGGUGCAGAGCACAGCCAAGAAGUCAGGACAAAAGACUGUGUUGACAAAUGUUCAGGAAGAACUGGAUAGAAUGACUCGAAAACCAGACUCCAUGGUAACAAACUCUUCAACAGAAAAUGAAGCCUGAUCCUCCUUAAAAAGUGCAUAUGUAAAAUGACCAAAUAACUAUGUAUAUUGAUCUGCUGAGACAAGGAUUAUUCUGAUAUGGCACAUGCUAUCAGUUUUUUGGGGUAGGGGAUAUGAACUUAAAAAAAAUACUUCAUUGGCUUGUCUGAGUGAGAAGUGCACAUUUGGAAAGGUUACAUGUCAGACCCCUUUGUUCCGGAUGACCCCUGGACUCUCAGGCGUGUGGCUGUCCUGUGGGAAGCACGUGCUGCUGGGCUUCUUGUGGAAGGGAAGGUAGAUGGUGAGAAGGAGGGCCCACUUUCUUUCAGGGUGCAGCAGUGACACCAGGAAAUUAUCGUAUGGUUAGUCUGACCAGUUGCGUGCUUGUUAGCAAAUUCACUUGUUCUUGGGAAGCAGAUGAAGCAGCAGAAAGUCCAGGAAGGACAAGGACUGAAAGGAGAAAUGAGAGAAGUGACAGUGGGGAAGCUGAAUGUUGAAGGAGGUGGAGGAAGGAGGGACUGAGCAGUGUUAGUAAUACUGUGUGUUCAAUAGAAGUCAAGUAAUCGUUUUUAAGAAGCAUUUCCAAACUCAACACUAAGUAGAAAUGGGAAUUAGACUUGUUCUGAAUGCAUCUUUAACUGAGGAGAGAUAUGCUAAGUUGGGGGAUGCCUGAGUCAGGUGGAACUGACAGGGGUGGGGAAGAUGGUAGCUGCCCAGGAAGCACAUGCUUGGCCCAGGCCAUGUCCUUGUGGGAGGUGCUGGGCUCCACACUUUGGGCAGACGGUCACUGGGGUGUGCUCAAAGUCAGCAGUUACAAAAUUCGUUUACUUUGAAUUGUGUUUGCCGCAUAGCUCCUGCUUUGUUUUUCAAAUUAAUUUUUUUUUUUUUUACUACCACAGGCUGGCCUACUAAUAGAGAAUGGGUGACCAUCCUCUCAUUUUACCAUAAAGCAAUUUGCUACAGAAAGUUUGAGGGAGGCUUUUAAUGUAAUUGCACUCUGAUGAAUUGGCUUGCACCAAUCCCUGCCUUACAGUCUGUGGAAACCUUUAUGGAAUUCCACUGAUGCAAAAGGGUCUUGUCUUAGCUCCCUGGUCUGAUCAGUGCUAUCAGAAGAACAAAUAAGUGUGAAUGUUUUAUAUUGAAAAUGGAAAUGACACAUUUCUCUUGUUUGUGUUUUUCAUAAAAUGUAGCAUUUCUUUCUUACCGAAAUAAGAGUUUUAGGUGUCUCUAUUUAGGGCAAAUUCAUGCACAUUGUCAUGUCACACCACCGUUCUGGAAAUGACUUCAGUAUAUUUGAAAUAGCACUUUUAAUUUUAUAUGUGACACAGAACAUUUGAAUGCAAACACUACCACUAAUUUAAUGUAUAAAACUGUUGUCAAACCAAGAGGAAAAAACCACAGUUCAUUUACAGGGAGUUUACUUUUUUUAUAUGAAUGUUUGUUGUACUGUGUCUGAGCAUAACCUCCCUAAUAUCAUUACUUCUACAUACCAGAUUCAACCAACCACUAACAUAGUACUGGGCAUCACUAAUAUCCUAUGUUAAUGUAACAAGAGUCUAAGACUGUCUUGAAUUGCUUUUUUUGUAAAGGUCUGAACACUGUUAAGGAGAAAGCUGAGUACUGACUUGCCUUUCUGACAAACAUAAAAACAUGUUUCUUGUGCCAGUUUUAUUGUUGACAAUAUACUUUUCCCCCUGUUUAAAAUUUAGUUGUUUUUUUUUUUUUUUUUUUCCAGUGUCCCAGUAAUGACAGUAAACUGACUCUGGAAUGAUACUUGUGGUAUCAACUAACAGGUUGUAGCCAUACUAAUGGUGGGGUCACUUAAUCCCUCUAUAGCAUCUGGGGAGUGGGGUGCUGCAAAACGAGUGACCUCAGAAACCAGAAAGAAUCUUUGGAAAGGCAUGUGCCUAAGAGGGAUACAGUGUGAGUUUAAAUUUUGUUGGAAAAUGUUACUUUUUGUUUCAUUUUUGUCAUUUAAACUGAUGAGCACUUUUUGAGUCAAUAUAAACUGUACGAAAACCGGUGAAAUGCGAAGACACCUGUCUGUGAAGGAAUAUCACUUUUAGUUUCUCAUGACAAGCGGAUGCUCUUAGUAUCAGAAGACGCUAAUGCUUAGUGCCCUGUGCUCAGUGGUUGCCAAAGUCUACCAACUUCGGGGAGCUGCAGGGUUCUUUUUGAAGGGUGGGAAGAGGGGAGAUACUUUGUUAUUUUGGGGUUUUCAAGUAUUGGAACCAAAGGCCAAACAAUAAACAGCCUUUUUUAAAGUAAAAUUCAUUUUAUUUGCAGAAUACACUUGUAUGGUAAACUGCUAAAGGCAGUUUUAUGACUAUUUAUGUACAUUAUAGUGGCUACAUCUGCUGUUUGUCUUUAAAAUGGAAAAAUGAAAGAAAUAAGAUGUGGCUAAGAUAAAGGCCAUGAUGUGGUCUUUCCUAAAAAUGCAAUGGGUAUGCUGCUAGCAUUAUUUAAUUUUGUUUGCACUUUUUUUUUGAUUGGCAUUUAAAAAUCACUAUUUAAACUAAAGAUGUUUUCAUGUUUUAUUAGUUUAACAAAGUUCAAAGUGACUGCUCUGUACAUCAUGACCUUAAAAAUGUUGAUGCCGUAAGUGAAAGUUCACUGUUGUCUCUAUAUGAGGAUUAUUGAUAUUUUUAACUUAAAAUUAGGACUGCAGCUUAUUCCCCCACCAGCCCUAGUCCAGGGGUAUGGCUCUAUGUGGAUGCAGUUUGCAGUCGUGUGGAACCUUGCUUUCUAGUGCUGGAAAAUAAGAUGUCUCUAAUUACUGGCUUCAAUAAACAUGAAUCCAGACUGCUUACAA